AUGGCGGUCCGCGCUCAGUUUGAGAACUCCAACGAGAUUGGUGUCUUUGCCACCUUGACCAACUCAUAUGCUCUUGUCGCCCACGGCGCUAGCGAGAACUUUUACAGUGUCUUCGAGGCCGAGCUCCAAGACCUCAUCCCCACCGUCCGCACCACCAUCGCGGGCACCCGCAUCGUCGGCCGCCUCACCGCCGGUAACCGCAAGGGCCUCCUCGUCCCCACGACCACCAGCGACCAGGAGCUCCAGCACCUGCGAAACUCCCUCCCCGACGCGGUCCGCAUCCAGCGCAUCGAGGAGCGCUUGUCCGCCCUCGGCAACGUCAUCGUCACCAACGACCACAUUGCCCUCAUCCACCCGGAUCUCGAGCGUGAGACCGAGGAGAUCAUCGCCGACGUGCUCGGCGUCGAGGUGUUCCGCCAGACCGUCGCCGACAAUGUCCUUGUCGGUUCUUACAUGAGCCUGUCCAACCAGGGUGGUCUCGUCCAUCCCAAGACCUCGAUCCAGGACCAGGAUGAGCUGUCCUCACUCCUCCAGGUUCCCCUCGUCGCCGGCUCCCUCAACCGCGGCUCCAACGUCGUCGGCGCCGGCAUGGUCGUCAACGAUUGGCUGGCCGUCACCGGUCUCGACACCACCGCCACCGAGCUCAGCGUCAUCGAGAGCGUCUUCCGCCUCGGCGAGGGCCAGGGCCCCAGCAACAUCAACACCAGCAUGAAGGACACCAUGGUCGAGAGUUUCUACUAA